CAGAUAGUAGGAAGAUAUUGCCUGGCAAUAAAUGCAGUUUGUCAAAACAUUUAUUGCACAGAUACUUAUGUUCAUUGAAACACGUAUUUUAAGACAUUUUAAUAGCAGAAUAUUCCAGUAAUAACUAAUAAUGGCUACUCGAAUGUACGAUGAGGUGCACUGGUACAUGGAGGAAGUGGGGGCUCGCGUGGUGGCGAAGACCGGGAUCCCUUCAGACAGACAUCACCUUGGGAAGCUGAUGCUGCAUAGCCUGCAAGAUGACCCUGACUUUAUUCUACAGAUCGAUGGAGCGACAGGAGAGUCAGAAACCUUCGGCUCAGCGUUAGACAGGAGCAUCCGAUGUGCUAUCUCCCUCACCAACAUGGGGCUGAAGAAAGGAGACGUCAUGGUGCUGAUGGGACCAAAUCACCUGGACUUCUGUAUACCCCAUAACGCGGCAUUUUAUCUUGGAAUUAUGGUGGCCUCAGUUGAUACUACCUUGGGAGUUAAUGAACUAAGAGACCUUUUCCACAUGAACAGACCAAAUAUCAUCUUCGGCCAAAGUGAGAAGAUGAAGGAUAUUGAAAAAGCAUUGACUCUAUCUGAAGUGGAAGCUAAAUUGGUCACCUUUGAUAAUGAUGGGAGGCAUACUUCACUAGCUCAACUCUUGGACGUUCAGGACAAAGAAGCGAUAAAGAACUUUAAACCGACAGACCUCGAUCCAGAGGAAACAGUGGGAUAUUUAACUUCCACCAGUGGAACUACAGGUGUUCCAAAGACGGCCAUGUUGACACACAAGAACUUAACAAUUGGAAUGCCUUAUAUCUGGGUAAACUUCUCCAAUUUCCCGACACCAACGAAGCUGGUAAUCGUGACGUCACCAGCUCAGUGGCUGUCAGCGGGAAUCCAUUACGUCUUCUCAUCCGUCUUCAAGUAUACCCGAUUGCAGUCAUCAGCACCUAUCACGCCCGAGCAUUUUGCUGAACUGGUUAAUACAUAUAAGCCUACCUUCUUAGCUACCAGUCCUAACAUGAUGGUAACGAUGAUGGCAAAUGCUAAAUGUGACUUCACGUGCUUCGAGUAUGUAGGACUGGGUGGGAGCGCAGUAUCACAAGAUGUCAUUGAUGAAGUCAAGAAAAAAGCCCAGACAGACGAAGUAUACAUUCUAUACGGAAUGAGUGAAGCGAGUGGGAUGACUGUGCAGAAUGACAUGUAUUCUGUGGCCGGAUCCUACGGGAGACCAAUUCAUGGGAUACAGACCAAGCUAGUGGAUCCUAUCACGAAUAAAGUCAUCACGGAGCCAAAUGUUCCAGGAGAAUUAUGGUACAAAGGUCCAAUUGUAUUUAAGGGAUACUACAAUAACCCAGAGGUGACAAAAGAAGUUAUAACAGAGGACGGUUGGCUCAAAUCUGGUGACAUUUUCUACAGAGACCAGUACUGGAACCUAUUCUUUGUGGAACGAUACAAAUUGCUCUUGAAGUAUAGAAAUCAUCAGGUGUCUCCAGUGGAAAUUGAAACAGUGAUCAUGAAGCAUCCUGGAGUAUUGCACGCGGCAGUGACAGGUAUACCAGACAGGGAGUGCGGGGACCUGGUGGUGGCGUGCGUUGUGCCCAAGCCUGGCUGCAGCCCCACAGCGCAGGAGAUCAAGGACUUGGUCAAAGAAACACUAAAGUCCACAAUGGUGAAACGUGGCAACGAUGCGGUGCACUGGUACAUGGAGGAGGUGGGGGCUCGCGUGGUGGCGAAGACCGGGAUCCCUUCAGACAGACAUCAUUUAGGGAAACUGAUACUGCAUAGCCUGCAAGACGAUCCCGACUUUAUUCUGCAGAUCGAUGGAGCGACAGGAGAGUCAGAAACCUUCGGCUCAGCGUUAGACAGGAGCAUCCGAUGUGCUGUCUCCCUCACCAACAUGGGGCUGAAGCAAGGCGACGUCAUGGUGCUGAUGGGACCGAACCACAUAGAUUACUGCAUACCUCAUACAGCUGGGCUAUUUCUUGGACUUAAGGUGGCUUCUAUCGAUGCUACUUUAUGUGUUAAUGAACUAAAGCAAUUAUUUGAAACUAAUCGGCCGAAGAUAAUUUUUGCUCAGACCAAAAAACUAGGAGAUAUUAAUGAAGCACUAUCUGCGUCUAAAGUUGAUGCAAAAAUAGUGACAUUCGAUAAUAUUAGUAUAUAUAAAACAAUGACAGAACUCUUGAAUGAUGCAGACGAGGCGUCAGUAAAGAAAUUUCAACCAACAGACUUCGAUCCUAGCAGUACAAUAGCUUUCCUUACUUCUACGAGUGGCACCACAGGGAUCCCAAAGACGGCUAUGAUAACCCAUGAGAACUUGGCUAUAUCAUUGCCUUAUAUCUGGAAAACCAUGAGUAAAUUCCCAUCACCGAUAAAGAUAUCGUUUGUGGUAUCACCAGCGCAAUGGAUCACAACUGGGUUCAACUACAUCUUCUCUCCGGUCCUCAAGUUUACUAGACUACAAACAUCAAAACCAGUCACUCCAGAACAUUUUGGGGAUCUAGUGAAUAAAUAUAGGCCAAACUACAUCCUUUGCAACCCAGUGCUGAUGAGGACAUUAGCUGAACAAGCCAACUGCGACUUUACCUGCUUUGAACAAAUGAGUUUGGCAGGCAGCUAUGUAUCACCAGAACUGGUAGAGAAAAUGAAGAAACUGACACAAUCAGAAGACGUCUUCAUACAUUACGGUAUGAGUGAACUCAGUGGAACUGCUUUCGUCCACGACUGUCCUGCACCACCAGGCUCCUGUGGAAGACCAGCUGGUUCCUUUGACUGUAAAUUAGUGGACCCAGAGACACAUAAAGAAGUGACUGAACCUCACGUACAAGGAGAGUUGUGGUUCAAGGGACCCGCUGUGUUCAAAGGAUACCACAAUAACCCUGAAGUGACAAGAGAGACGUUUAGUGACGACGGCUGGUUCCGAUGUGGUGACAUUUUCUACAGAGAUGAAUCUUGGAACGUGUAUUUUGUGGAACGAUACAAGUCACUAUUGAAGUACAAUAAUCACCAGGUAUCUCCGUUAGAAGUCGAAAUGGUAAUAAUGAAGCACCCUGGAGUACUCCAAGUGGCAGUGACAGGUAUACCAGACAGGGAGUGCGGGGACCUGGUGGUGGCGUGCGUUGUGCCCAAGCCUGGCUGCAGCCUCACAGCGCAGGAGAUCAAGGACCUGGUCAAAGAAAAUUUGACUGACACAAAGCAUUUGAGAGGAGGAGUGAUCUUCAUGAAGAGUUUACCUAUCACCAGCGCAUCCAAGAUUAACAGACAGAAACUGAAAGAACUGGCGCUCACAAUGCGUAGGGAAUAACACUAGGUACCAUUUUAGGGAACCUUAUAUUCUUUUUUGAUUUGGGUUUAAUGUAUUUUCUGAUUAAUUUUGUUAAUAAACAUUUAUUGUGUUA